CGCGGCCCGAGGGAGCGGCGGCACCGGGCACCCCCCGGCACCGCCCGGCACGCCUCUCCACGGGCCGCGGCCGCGAGGGGGGCCGGGAGGGGCCGGCGGAGCUGCCCGGGCCGGAUCCGGGAUAGGGCUGCACCCGGCGGCCCGCGGGGUCCGCAGCGCCGCGGGCCCGGAGCGCGGGGGGGCUCAGCCCCGAUCACAGCGUAGACCAGCUCCUGAGCCAAACUGGAUUUCCACCAGUGACCUGGGAGCAGUGAGUCCCGUGCGGGCGCGUGCCCUCGGCCAGCAUGACCAGCGAGGUGGUGGAGAACGAGUUUGAGUUUUACUCCAAGGCAGAGAAGUACUGGAAGGAUGUGCCCCCCACGGUGGAUGGCAUGUUGGGGGGCUACGGCCACAUCUCCAGCAUCGACAUCAACAGCUCCAGGAAGUUCCUGCAGAGGUUUCUGCGGGAUGGCCCCAACCGGACGGGGACAACCCGUGCUCUGGACUGCGGGGCUGGCAUUGGCCGGAUCACCAAGCGGCUGCUGCUGCCCCUCUUCAAGACAGUGGACAUGGUGGAUGUGACAGAAGACUUCCUCACCAAGGCCAAGAGCUACCUGGGCGAGGAGGGCAGGCGGGUGCGCAACUACUUCUGCUGCGGCCUCCAGGACUUCAGCCCUGAGCCAAACUCCUAUGAUGUCAUCUGGAUCCAGUGGGUCAUCGGACAUCUCACUGACAACCACCUCUCCGACUUCCUGAAGCGCUGCCGUGCCGGCCUGCGGCCCAACGGCAUCGUGGUCAUCAAGGACAACAUGGCCCAGGAGGGUGUGAUCAUGGACGAUGUGGACAGCAGCGUCUGCCGGGACCUGGACGUGGUCCAUAAGAUCAUCCGCAGAGCUGGGCUGCACCUCCUGGCUGAGGAGCGCCAGGAGAACUUUCCUGAUGAGAUCUACCACGUCUACACCUUUGCCAUGAGAUGAGGGCAGCGGGAGAAGGUCUCUCCCGUGUCGUGACUCCCCUUCCAGGGGCUGGUGACAAGGACGGGACUUUGUCUUCCAAGUUGCUGCUGUUUGUGAAAAGAGGUGUUUGCCAAAUACAUUUUCCUGCUGUUGCA